UAUUAUAAGUUCCGGGAAUUCAUCACUUCAUCCCAUCCCGCUAAUCACUAAUUUCCGACAAAAUGAAGUUGUCUUUGGAAGCUAAGUACGACGCCGACAAAAACGCCGCCGGGGCGACUUGCUCCUUCAACGCCGGCGAUGUCAAGCUACGAGCUUCCAUGACCGACGCUACCCUAGUCAAGGGUCCCAGCUUGAACGGCUUAGCUCUCGCCGUCGAGAAACCCGGUUUCUUCGUCAUCGACUACAAUGUCCCCAAAAAGGACUUUAGUUUUCUAUUCAUGAACGGAAUUAGGGUUUUAGAGAAACCGUUGAACUUGACUUACCGUCACAGUAGAGGCGAUAACCGGACCACGGUGGACGGGACUCUAGUGUUCGAUUCGGCCAACAAGGUAUCUGCUAAUCACAUGCUUGGCUCGCGCAAUUGCAAGCUGAAAUACACUUAUGUGCACAGAGGGGCUACUACAUUUGAGCAGAGCUACGAUAUUGUGAAGAAUUCAUGGGAUUUCGCCGUGUCGCGGAAGGUUUACGGGGAUGACAUGUUUAGGGCUUCGUAUCAGACCUCGAGCAAGGUGUUGGGACUCGAUUGGUCGAGGAAUUCGAUGUUAAAUGGAUCUUUCAAGAUUUCAGCAUCUCUCAAUUUGGAGGAGGAAUUGAAAAUGCCAAAAUUAACUGCUAAGAGUACAUGGGAUUUUGAAAUGUAACUUUUUCCUGUUGCAAUUAUUCAUAUGUGGACGAUCCGAUACCUGCGUACCUUCCUAUUGGCUGGGUAUCUUGCAGAUUUAAGCUUCACUUUUUUUGCACUUCAAUAGUUUGUGUUUGUAAGCCUGCAUUGUAUUCUUUGGCCACCUCUGUGAGCAUGUAUUGUCAAAAUGGUGGUUUCUAUUGAAGCAUGAACUUUUCGUCUA